AUGGGUUUGGGAUCACGAGAUCUAUUCUUUAGUCCCCAUCUGUUUGAAUCUAUCUAUCUAUCUAACUAUCUAUCUAUCCAUGAGUCUGUUCAAAUCUAUUUCAGUCUUUUUGCAUCUAUCUAUCUAUCUAUCUAUCUAUCUAUCUAUCUAUCUAUCUAUCUAUCUAUCUCAGCGUUUUUCCCUCUUUCUCUGUCUCCACUUCUAUCUCUAUCUAUAUAUCUCUAUUCGUAUGUAUUUAUCCGCUUCUUUCUUUUCUUAUCUAUCUAUCUAUCUAUCUAUCUAUCUAUCUAUCUAUCUAUCUAUUUCACUUUCUUUCAUUCUAUCUACCUAUCUAUUUAUUUAUCUGUCUUUAUAUAUUUACUUAUUCAGAUCUAUAUAUCUUUGUUUAUUCAUAUCUAUCUAUCUAUCUAUCUAUCUAUCUAUCUAUCUAUCUAUUUCACUUUUUUCUUCAUUCUAUCCACUCCGUUAAGAGGCACGAAGUGGCGCCAUCUUCUCCUCUUGUUUUUUUUCAUCCGUUUUGUUUAUUCUUCCGGAAGUAUGACAUCGUAA